GUCAGUUUUAAACUAUUACAUCAAUGAUUUAAAGACAAAGGGAGUGCAAACAAAACACAUGAUCAUAUACUGCAGAAAAAUGGAGGACACCUCUAAGCUAUGGAAAUGGAUGACUGACUCUUUAGCUGUGCUGCCUGGGGACCCAAAAUUAGCAAAGAAUAGGUUGGUAGAGAGAUAUCAUUCUCUUACUGAUGAUGAGACAGCAGAGCAGAUCUAUAAACACUUCAAUCAUCAAAGUGGUAAAAUCAGAUGCCUUAUUUCAACUAUUGCUUUCGGAAUGGGCAUUUCCAUUCCUAUUGACAUUGUAAGCCAUUGGGGCUUUACCCCUACUGUGUUGGAUUACAUUCAGGAGUCAGGAAGAUGUGCUCGCAUUCCAAACACUCAAGGAACUGCCAUAAUAUAUGAUGUACCUGUUCAUGGAAUACCUCUUGACAAGGACAUCAGAUCAAAUUUGGUGAUUCCCUUGUGGCACAAUGAGAUGGGUCAUUUCAACAUUUUCUGCUAGGGAACCCUGUAAAGGUGGUUGCACAGAAGUAUGUGCUUGUAGUGCCUGUAUGUGUUGCUCAUGUUGCAUGAGACAUUGCCCAUGUCGUGAAAAAUGAUUUAAAUACCACCAAUUUUAAAACCAAUCAUCCAUAAACCAACCAAGCCAAUAAAAAUUAAAACAAUUUUCUUUCAUCCCAACAAGUUUCAUUGGCCUAUAUAUAAUGGCCACAAUUUCAUGACCAUGUACAAACUGUGCCAAACUUAGCAAGCAUAAUUACAAGAGGCUUAUAUCUAUGAGACUUAAGUUUGGUUAAUCGAUGUUUGGUUUAUAAAUACAUUUCACUAAUACAUUUGGUAUUACACAAUCAGUGCAUACCAAUGCUAGAUAUGUGUACUUGUACACUGUAC